AUGAGAUCAGGACCGGCCCCUACCACGGGCUCUUCCACCCGGAGCAGCUCAUCAGCGGCAAGGAAGACGCCGCCAACAACUAUGCCCGCGGCCACUACACCAUCGGCAAGGAGAUCAUCGACACCGUGCUCAGCAGGAUCCGCAAGAUGGCUGACCAGUGCAGCGGCCUCCAAGGCUUCCUGGUCUUCCACAGCUUCGGGGGAGGCACCGGCUCCGGCUUCACCUCCCUGCUCAUGGAGCGGCUCUCCGUGGAGUACAGCAAGAAAUCCAAGCUGGAGUUCUCGGUGUACCCGGCCCCGCAGGUGUCCACGGCCGUGGUGGAGCCCUACAACUCCAUCCUCACCACGCACACCACGCUGGAGCACUCGGACUGCUCCUUCAUGGUGGACAACGAGGCCAUCUACGACAUC